CCCCCCGACCCUGGAUCUGUGUUGUGCUUCCUCCACAGCCGGCGCUUUCCCCAUCUCCACCGACCCCUCCCCGGUGAUGGCGCUCCUGGGCUCCGACGUGCUCCUGACAUGCAGCUUCCCCACGGCCCCAUGUGGGGCAGGCAAGGGGGACAGGCAGCUGCGGUGACCUGGUACUUCCAGGGCCAGGCACUGAUGGAGCUGGACAGCAUCGCGAUCACCACGAGGAAGGGGGCAGAGCUCUUUGCCCCAGAGCUGCCCAGGGGCAACGCUUCGCUCCUCCUGCGCCGCGUCACGCUGGCCGACCAGGGCCCCAACCGCUGCUCUGUGCACUACGGGGGGCAGCGUGGAGAGGGCAGCGUCCGCUUACGGGUGGCAGCGCUGCCGCGGGUCGAGGUGCCCAGCCCCGUGGUGCAGAGGGAGGAGGACAGCGUCCUGGUGUGCUGCGUGCGGGGGUUUUACCCCCAGCACAUCGCAGUGUCCUGGCUCCGGGACGGGCGGGAGCUAAACGCCUCCUUCAUCUCUGCCGUGCGCCGGGGGCACCGGGACGAGACCUUCAGCCUGGUGACCGUCUACAGAUUCACCCCCACGGAGCAGGAUCUGGGGGCGCUCUUAUCCUGCCGGGCAUGGCACCCCCUGCUGAACCAGUCCCGCCAGACCGACUUCCGGAUCGCCUUCAGGGGGUUGGAGGAGCAGUGCGGCCUCCUGGAGCCGGGGCUGAGGAUCCUGCUGUGGACGCUGCGAGGGACUCUCCUGCUGGCCAUGGUGCUGGGGGGCUGGAGCUGUUACAGCUCUGGGAGGAGACGUGGGCAGCCAGCACAGGUGCGGGAGUGGAUCUGGACCCCCCGAUGCUGGAGAUCACCGUGGGGUGCAGCCAGAGGAAGCAGCAGAGAGACAGGAGGGGCCGUCCUUGCUGAGCGGAUAGAGAAGAGGAACCCAGUGAGCGCGGCCCAUGGAGCUGCCUAUGCAUCUCGCCUCGUUCUCACCGGGGCCCCCGGCUGA